AUGCGGUUGGGAGAUGUGUGUGAUACAAAGAGGUUCAUAGCUAUAUCAGAAGGAAGUGGAAGCAUGGCACCUUCUGAGAAAUACAAAGGGCUUGCCUUGAGUUUCUUCAAAAAGUUAAAGGAGCUGCCCACAAAAUACGACCUGCACAAUGCCACGCAGUAUGUUCUCCCAAAGGAAAUACUUGCGCACAUGCCAGAGUACUCCAAAGAAACAGUCUUUCCACGGGCCCGGGUCCUUCCAGAGGAGUCAGUGAAGACAAAGUGGGAGCAGUUUGCAGCACGAAAGGGAAUUGUGAAGAGCAAGAAUAAGUCAGGGGGGCGAAUAUACGACGAGGUAAAGAGGGAGUACAUGCCUGCCUUUGGAAGAGGAAGUAAAAAUGACCUUGAUAGAAACUGGCUAAUAGAGGUGAAAGAGCAUGAGGACCCAAUGGUUGAUAGACACUCGCAGCUAAAAGAAAGAAAGCUCAAGAAUAAAAAAGACCAAAAAUUAAAAGAGUACAAAAACUUAAAACGCACAGACAGAAUCAAAUGCUUCGAAAGAAGAGACAGAGACGAUUCAAAUGUCUGA